AUGGACGAUGUCCCGCUUGUAGCUUCAGAGGGAGUUGGAUCAGGAGGUGUCGGGCAUUAUUGUUCAGGAAAGGUCAACGUCUUUCGACUCCCCCCACCCAUACCUGGCAAGGAAGGUGGGGGAUACCCAUCAGAGUGGCAUCACGCCCAGAUUGUGAUACGGAGAAAUUACAUGAUUCACAAGCUUCGAAAUGCCGGGAAGAAGAUUCCAGAAGCACAAGACCCAAAAGCUGAGAGCGAUCCUGAAGCGCAAAAAGCGAAGAUGCGCAAACGAGAUCUGAUCAAGAAGUAUGCUGAUUCUGGUCUCAACUUCAUCAAGGGCGUGGCGGACAAGGUUUCUCAUAACGAAACUCUGCAGAAGACUGCAGGGAGGGUAGGGCAUGCCGUGUCUGAAGCGCAUGCCUACACGGGAAAGCUUGUCCAUGGUCUUGCACACAAGAAGCAUGACAAGUCGGGAGAAACAGCAGAAGAUGUUCAAGGGGAGGAGGCCAAUCGCUACCCAGGUUGGAUGAUGGAGCGUAUCAAGACAGCGUCCAUUGGCGUCGGCUUCUUUCUCAAGAGGAGAGAGCAUGGGGCUCUUUCCUCCGAAACCCCCUUCCAGCUUGCCUGUAAGCAAGAGCGGGUGCAGAUCAUCGAGAUCGCUGCUCGUGACCAGCUGAAGACCACUCAUGUGGUGCAGAACGGGGAUGUGUUGAAGUGGAUUUUUGCGGCGAAAGCCCAUGAUGUUGCGUUUCAAGUCAAGAUAAGGAAGAUGAUGGAAGUAGGAGGAGCCAAUGAGGAGGUCGACAGUAAGAGUAUUGCAGAGGGAACGUACGAGGUGACUGAAGCAGGUCAAGUGGUGGUCGUGUUGGACAAUUCGUACAGUCUGCUUACUUCCAAGACUAUCGCCUACAGGACUUGGGUGGAAAAGGCUGCGGAGGUAGAGGGCGGAGCUGCAAAAUCUUCUGCAUCCGAAUCUAUCCAGCAGGAUGAUGGAAUCGUUGAAUUAUCUCCAACUGCAACCGAGGAGGGAAAACCCGCCGCAGAUGCUGCGCAAGAGAACUCUGAGAAGGCAGGGGCAGCAAAGCAAGCCGAGGAGGAAGCAGCGGCGAAGAAGGCCGAGGAGGAGGAGGCCGCGGCGGCGGCGGCGAAGAAGGCCGAGGAGGAGGAGGCAGCAGCGGCGGCGAAGAAGGCCGAGGAGGAGGCAGCAGCAGCGGCGGCGAAGAAGGCCGAGGAGGAGGCAGCAGCGGCUGCGGCGAAGAAGGCCGAGGAGGAGGCAGCAGCAGCGGCAGCGAAGAAGGCCGAGGAGGAGGCAGCAGCAGCGGCGGCGAAGAAGGCCGAGGAGGAGGCGGCGGCAGCGAAGAAGGCCGAGGAGGAGGCAGCAGCGGCGGCGAAGAAGGCCGAGGAGGAGGCAGCAGCAGCGGCGGCGAAGAAGGCCGAGGAGGAGGCGGCGGCAGCGAAGAAGGCCGAGGAGGAGGCAGCAGCGGCGGCGAAGAAGGCCGAGGAGGAGGCAGCAGCAGCGGCGGCGAAGAAGGCCGAGGAGGAGGCGGCGGCAGCGAAGAAGGCCGAGGAGGCCGCGGCGGCAGCGAAGAAGGCCGAGGAGGAGGCAGCAGCAGCGGCGGCGAAGAAGGCCGAGGAGGAGGCAGCGGCAGCGAAGAAGGCCGAGGAGGAGGCAGCGGCAGCGAAGAAGGCUGAGGAGGAGGCAGCAACAGAGGAGGCGGACUCGUAAGGAGGUGAGUGAAUUGGACGGGGAGGAUCUCUUGGGAGUUUUUAUGGAAAUUUCAAUUUUGCUUGCAUAAAUAUGCGACAUGGGAGGAUUCCUCAUACAUGUACCGGAUUUCAUCUUUAACCGCCAACAUUUGCUAGUCAGUGGUAGGAAAAUAUUUCAGUGAACCCGCGAUUCUACUCUCC